CACACACACACACACAAACACUGCUGCUUGGGGUUAGGAAGGAAGACCGAUCUGCGCCAGCGCCGGCAUGGGUUGGCCUAGCCUGGUCCUCGCCUUCACCUUCCUCACAGUGGUCCUGAGCCGAAACGAGGAGGAGAAGCUUCUCAAUGACCUGAUGGCCAACUAUGACCGCAACUUCCGCCCCGCCAAGGACGAGAGGGACAUUGUUGAUGUUUCGCUCAAGCUAACCCUCACCAAUCUCAUCACACUGAAUGAGAGGGACGAGGCUCUCACAACCAACGUUUGGGUAGAACUGAAAUGGCACGAUUACCGCCUGCAGUGGGACGCGGAUGAUUACGACAACAUCAAGUGUUUACGGAUCCCCUCCACCAUGGUGUGGCUGCCAGACAUUGUCCUGGAGAACAACAUCGACGAGGUGUUUGAGGUUGCAAUGUACGCCAACGUUCUGGUGUCCCCCGACGGCAGCAUCACCUGGCUUCCCCCGGCCAUCUACCGCAGCGUCUGCCCCAUUGUGGUCACUUUCUUCCCCUUCGACUGGCAAAACUGCUCCAUGGUGUUCCAGUCACAGACCUACAAUGCCCGUGAAAUCAACCUGCUGUUGACCGUCGAAGAUGAGCAGACAAUAGAAUGGAUCUUUAUCGACCCCGAAGCUUUCACAGAGAACGGGGAAUGGGCAAUCAAGCACCGGCCAGCCAAGAAGGUUGUGAACGCUCAGCACUUCACGCCAGAUGACAUAGGGUACCAGCAGAUCAUCUUCUUCCUCAUCAUCCAGAGGAAGCCACUCUUCUACAUCAUCAACAUCAUCAUCCCUUGCGUACUCAUUUCUUCGGUUGCUGUGCUGGUGUACUUCCUCCCAGCGAAAGCUGGUGGUCAGAAGUGCACGGUUUCAAUCAACGUCCUCCUGGCCCAGACCGUCUUCCUCUUCCUGAUUGCGAAAAAGGUCCCCGAAACCUCUCAGGCAGUGCCGCUCAUUGAAAAGUACUUAACUUUCCUCUUGGUGGUGACUAUUGCCAUUGUCGUGAAUGCUGUCAUUGUCCUCAACGUUUCCCUGAGGACCCCCAACACUCACUCCAUGUCUGCACGGGUCCGGGAGUUGUUUCUGAGGCUGGUGCCACGCUACCUGGGCAUGCACAUGCGGCGUGUGGACGUGCCUGCGGGGAAUCAUCUCGUCCGCCGGCGGAGCUCUCUGGGGCUCAUGGCAAAAGCGGACGAGUACAUGCUGUGGAAGGCACGAAGUGAGCUCCUCUUUGAGAGGCAAAGGGAGCGUGACGGGUUGGUGAAGAUGCUCCUGGCGCAGAUAGGAGGCAGCUUAGAGAACGGAAGUCCCCAGGAGAUUUGCAACAGUCUGCGCCGUGCUGCUCCGGAGAUCCAGACCUGUGUAGAUGCCUGCAACCACAUUGCUAAGACUUUGGAAGAGAAGAAGGACUUUGAUAGUGAGAACGAGGAGUGGAUCUUGGUGGGCCGGGUCAUUGACCGCGUCUGCUUCCUCUUCAUGGCCUCCAUCUUCAUUUGUGGGACGCUGGGCGUCUUCCUGAUGGCGCAGUUCAACCAGGCUCCCGCAGAGCCCUUCCCAGGGGACCCCAAGCUAUACCUCCCCUAGGAAUGAGGUCUAGGGGUGGCGGCGGCAGUGGCAACCCCUCAACGGCCACGUGUCGGCGGCGUCUCUCGACUGAAACCUCUGUGCUUGGUGGACUUCUGUGCUGGGGGAAGCCACCCUAUCCAUCAGUCCAUCUAUCUCAAUAUGGUCCACACUGGCAGGCAGCAGCUCCCCCUGGUUUCAGGCAGGAGUAUCCUCCAACCCUACCUGGAAAAGCUGCAAGAAGUUGAAAGGGGAUCUUCUGCAUGCAAACCAGGUUCUUUAUCACUGAGCUAUGGCCCUCCCUCAAAGCCACAAAGCCUUCCUGUUCAAGUUCGUGUUUGCUAACAUGUUCUAGCAGGUGGGCACACCAGGACUGCCUCUUUUGGUGGGUUGCAGGGUUGCCCAUCAGUGCCUUCCCAGGUACCUCAGCCAACAGCAGAAGCUAAGAGAGGCAGACAGGAGCUGUCCCCUCCCUGUGAGACCGUUGGAAAAGCUGCAGCCUUAAAGGUGCUGCCGGGGCUCGUCCAUUAAUCAGACAUUUGACUGCAUUCAGGCAACACUUCAUUCCUCUUCCCCAACACUUACUUACCUGAUAAUCUCUGCAUUUUAUGUGCUCUUUCACACGACGUGAAAGCUACUUCUGGAAACCUAGCAAAAACUGUAGCCCUCAUUUCCGUGUCCAUUGCUUUUGGAAGCAACCAGUUCGCAACCCCUUUGCGGCAGUUUCUAAAAUCAAUCAACACGGAAAUGAAUAUCACAGGAAUUUGGGGUCGUUUGAAUGAGUGGAUUGUGCUCAUAAAGAGUGGCAACGUGUCCAAUGGCAGGUGCCAACGGAAUUGAGUGUGGCGUGGUGGCUCAAAUGUCCAAAGGCCGCAGUUCCACAAGGCCAUGUGAAAGGAAUGUGAGAAACUGUUGCAGAUCCCCAGUGGCGUUGCCACCAGGAAAAUAAACAGGAUGACA